AUGCACGAAGUCCCCGGUGGCCACUUGGUGGUUUCUUACCCAUGCUUGUUGGCCACCAAGGUGAUCAAUUUGUGGUCCCUCAAGGAGGGGCAGCGCUUGGGUUAUGUUUAUGUUGGUUACGAUGGCACCUCCGUGGGCUCGAGUCAGGUUGGCGAACACCAGCUGACGGGGCACAAAGUAGCAGUAAAAAUACUAAACAGACAGAAAAUACGCAGUCUGGAUGUGGUUGGGAAGAUCAAAAGAGAAAUUCAAAACCUUAAACUCUUCCGGCACCCUCAUAUUAUCAAACUGUACCAGGUCAUCAGCACGCCAACAGACUUCUUCAUGGUCAUGGAAUACGUAUCUGGUGGUGAAUUAUUUGAUUACAUCUGUAAGCAUGGACGUGUUGAAGAGGCAGAAGCUCGACGCCUUUUCCAGCAGAUUCUCUCCGCGGUGGAUUACUGCCACAGACACAUGGUUGUCCACCGAGACCUGAAACCAGAGAACGUGCUGCUGGAUGCACAUAUGAAUGCAAAGAUAGCCGAUUUUGGCUUGUCCAACAUGAUGUCAGAUGGCGAAUUUCUACGCACCAGCUGUGGUUCCCCAAAUUAUGCAGCCCCUGAAGUCAUCUCUGGAAGGCUGUACGCUGGCCCAGAGGUGGACAUCUGGAGCUGCGGCGUUAUCCUCUAUGCCCUUCUCUGCGGCACUCUGCCGUUCGACGACGAGCACGUCCCCACCCUCUUCAAGAAAAUCCGGGGAGGUGUGUUUUACAUCCCUGAAUACCUCAACCGCUCCGUUGCCACUCUCCUCAUGCACAUGCUGCAGGUUGACCCUCUCAAGCGAGCAACCAUCAAGGACAUCAGGGAACACGAGUGGUUUAAGGAGGAGCUGCCCAGUUACCUGUUCCCAGAGGACCCUUCCUACGACGCCACUGUCAUCGACGACGACGCGGUUCGGGAAGUUUGUGAGAAGUUUGAAUGCACAGAGUCGGAGGUGAUGAACAGCCUGUACAGCGGUGACCCUCAGGACCAGCUGGCAGUGGCUUACCACCUCGUCAUCGACAACCGGCGGAUCAUGAACCAAGCCAGCGAGUUCUACCUUGCCUCCAGCCCCCCGACCGGCUCCUUCAUGGACGACAGCGCCAUGCACAUCCCUCCCGGGGUGAAGCCGCACCCCGAGCGGAUGCCGCCGUUGAUAGCGGACAGCCCCAAAGCGCGCUGUCCUUUGGAUGCCCUCAACACCACGAAGCCAAAACCCCUGACUGUCAAAAAGGCCAAGUGGCACCUGGGAAUCCGCAGCCAGAGCAAACCCUAUGACAUCAUGGCCGAGGUGUACCGCGCUAUGAAGCAGCUGGACUUCGAGUGGAAGGUGGUGAACUCCUACCAUCUCAGAGUGCGCCGCAAGAACCCGGUGACAGGCAAUUACGUGAAGAUGAGCCUGCAGCUCUACCAGGUUGACAACCGCAGCUAUCUCUUGGACUUCAAAAGCAUCGAUGGUAAGCGGGAAAUGAUGCAACACAAGAU